AUGUGUCAACACAAAACAAUCGGUUUACUACUUCUCCAAGUCGCCCUCCUCGCAGUGGUUCGCGGUCGCACUAUUACCAAGGACGAGGAUGAAGUUAUCUAUCCGCCGCAAUCGAAUCCUCGCAUAGUGGGCGGUGAAGCGGCACCCGAGGGAUUCGCACCAUACCAAAUUUCCAUGCAGAACCUUAAGGGUCGUCACUUCUGUGGUGGUGCUAUUAUCGAUCCGCGUUGGAUCAUUACUGCCUCACAUUGUGUUUCAGGAGCAUCAGCUACAAAAUUACAAAUUUUCACAGGUGCACAAAAUCUUAAAAACAACACUGGCAAAUACUACUAUCCCGAUCGCAUUGUGAUGCACACAAGCUACAAUCAUCCACCAUACGCCAACGAUAUUGCACUGUUGCAUUUGAAUGACACGAUCGUGUUUGAUGAACACACCCAGGCGGUAAAGUAUGGUUAUGAGUCAUUGAAAAAAGAUGACGAACUCGUGCUUACCGGUUGGGGUACAAUGGCGUUGGGUGGGUCCAUACCGGAUAUUUUGCAGACGCUGACUGUACGUGUGGUGCCAUAUGAGGAAUGCCGCAAGUCACAUCCAGACAAUCUAUCCAACUAUGUUGAUGUAGGACAUCUGUGUACUUUCAAUGAUAACGGUAAAGGCGCUUGUCAUGGCGAUUCAGGCGGUCCUUUGGUGCACAAUGGCACCUUGGUGGCGUUAGUCAAUUGGGGCUUGCCCUGUGCGAAGGGAUACCCAGAUGUGCAUGCAAGUGUGGCAUACUAUCAUGAUUUUAUACGCACACAUUUGAGUGCCGCAACAGAGGCGACGGAGUGA